UUAUGACGACAGAGAGCCUUGCUGUGCGUCACCUGCCGCCACCGCAGUACUUCCUGCCUCGUUUCACUUUUCCUUUUCUAUUCUUUCACUUUUUACUCCAUGGCACCUCUUUUAACUAGCAAAACAUCUAGGGUGUGUUUGUGUAAAUUCACUCUGGAGUGCCAGAGUGCGCUCUGGGCGUUUCGUAAAAUCCGGGAGCGUUGUCAGAUUGUCCUUUAGUAAGUUCAGAGCGUUCCUCUCUCGGCGCGUUUAGAAGGCGCACACAGGACGCUCUGGCCGAGGAGUUGGGUUGAUCCCGAGCGUUAUGAACUCACAACGGCACAAGCACCCAAGCUAACUGGCUAAAGUUGGCUAGCUUGCUAGCUACUUCCAGACAUAAAUAACACCUCACUCUUGACCAUUUUACUCACCCCAGCAGAGCUGGUUAGGCUGUUUUCAUGUUAUCCAGAGCGUUGGUGACUGUAGCUGUGCUGCUGGCAACAAUUUUGUUAAGCUCUUUCAACGGGUGUUGAGCGUUAGUUAAUGAAUCAGUUAUUCUGUGCUCUGGCACACUCAGACGAGAGUGCUCUGAAAUCGGAGUAGAUAGCCAGAGUGAAUUUACGAACGCGCCCCUCGACUGUCAUCAUUACUUACUAGCACGACACACACUAACGAACACACGAGUUGUUCAAUUCCCGCUAAUCAGGAAACAAAUAAUCCAUGAAGGAAUCAAAGGCACAAACCAAACCGGAUUGGUGUCAUCGUGUUUGUCACGUUUGGGGAAAAGUCAACAAUGAGUUGAAAAGGUUUUGGGAAUUUGGACCCGACGACACUAUUUUUGUGCACCUCUCCAAAAAUGAUGCAACUCUUUGUGCAAAGGGAAGAGAUAUCAAUGUGCCGUUUAGGAGAUGUAGCUUUGACAGAUGUUUUGACCUGGAUGUCGUUUGGGGAGUGUUGGGGGGGGGUUGUAAACAAACAUCUAAGGUCAUCUCCAGUCAAAGCCGACUCCAUGCUUCUGUUUCAUACCGACUGACUGCUAUUCAGAUACUGAGCCAUAAAAGAGGGGGCAAACCAACCAUGUUCAUGUCGAGCAUGGGCUUUCCCCAGAUUGACUGAGUGCUUAGAAAUGUAGUGUUUCCCUCAGAACCCUUAAGAGGGCAGCCCAACCCUGCCCAGUCCUGUUGCGGGUCCUAUUCAUUACGGCACACCGUAGCAACAUGUUUUGCAACGGAAUGCGGGGAAACUACAAGUUUCUUAUUGGACCAGUUCAGAUUCGUCCUUCCCCAUUUCAGUUAUUUAUUUCCACGUUUGGUGCCGAAUGAAGACGACCCAGCUCAGUUUGAUCCUGCUGCGUUAGCAGUGCUUUCCUCUAGCGCCAGCUGGUCUCUACAUUUACACGCACUCAGGACAAUGAAUCCUUUUCUUUUAUGAUUUGAACAAGACUUCCUUUCGCUGCGUUGUUUACUUCUCUGCCUGCUGAAGUCUGACGUUUUUUUAUUUUUUUAAAGUGGAGCUGCUCUAUUACCCCUUUAGACUGUGAGCUGUUAAAGAACAUGAAGGAAUGUGCUUUAAGGGAAACGGCCAUACAUGAAUGUGUCAGUAAGGACAUGGGGUUUUCCAACCGGUAGGCCGUUCAAUCCUGUCAUUUCUCUCAGGUGGUAGAUAUAAUAUUUGCCCUCGGCUCGGCAACAAACUGCACGAUUUGUUGCCGCGGGUGACCCUGUUAUUAGCCGAUUGUGAAGUGAAUGACUUACUACCACAUUCAUGUACCACGGUGCCGCGGGGUGGCGACGGUAGCUGCUAACUUCCUGUUUUACUGAGUCUGAGUCCGAGCUCGCCACCCUGAAAUAGAGUGUUCUACAAGAGUGUGGAAAUACUGUAUGUGGGUGUAUGUGGGUUUGAGGGGAGUGAGUGUUUCUACCACUAUAUAUAUCUGUGUAGGUGUUUCUGUCUGUCUUGCGGUGUACCACUGUGUAUUUGGGUACUCGUGUGUGUCCCUGUUUGUGCGGAUGUGCGUGUCGAUGUGUGUAUUUCUGUGUAUUUUCUAAGUGUCUCUUACCCCGUCUAACUCGCUGUGCCCUUCCCUCCAGAUGACCACAUACGGAGCGUUCCUCCAUAAAGGGGCGUUCUGUAGGAACACCUUCAACCUGCUGGAUCUGCUGGUGGUGGGGGUCUCCCUGGUCUCCUUCUGCAUCCAGUCCUCCGCCAUCUCAGUGGUGAAGAUUCUGAGAGUCCUGCGAGUGCUCAGGCCCCUGAGGGCCAUCAACCGAGCCAAGGGCCUCAAGCACGUGGUCCAGUGUGUGUUCGUGGCCAUCCGGACCAUCGGUAACAUCAUGAUCGUCACCACGCUGCUGCAGUUCAUGUUCGCCUGCAUAGGAGUGCAGCUGUUCAAGGGGAAGUUUUACCGCUGCACGGACGAAGCCAAGUCUGGCCCCGACGAUUGCAAGGGCACCUACAUCCUUUAUAAGGACGGGGACGUGAACCAGCCGUUCCUCCAUAAGAGAGUGUGGCACAACAGCGAGUUCAACUUUGACAACGUGCUCAUGGCCAUGAUGGCUCUGUUCACUGUGUCUACCUUCGAGGGCUGGCCUUCGUUGCUCUACAAGGCCAUAGACUCGAACAGGGAGAACCUGGGUCCCAUCUACAACUACCGCAUCGAGAUCUCCAUCUUCUUCAUCAUCUACAUCAUCAUCAUCGCCUUCUUCAUGAUGAACAUCUUCGUGGGUUUCGUCAUCGUUACAUUUCAGGAGCAGGGAGAGAAAGAGUACAAGAACUGUGAGCUGGAUAAGAACCAGCGUCAGUGUGUGGAGUAUGCCCUGAAGGCCCAUCCGUUGAGGAGGUACAUCCCUAAGAACCCCUACCAGUAUAAGUUCUGGUACGUGGUCAACUCCACCGGGUUUGAGUACAUCAUGUUCGUCCUCAUCAUGCUCAACACACUCUGCCUGGCUGUGCAGCACUAUGGCCAGUCUGCGACAUUUAACUAUGUAAUGGACAUCCUCAACAUGGUCUUCACUGCUGUUUUCGCUGCGGAGAUGGUGCUCAAACUCAUCGCCUUCAAACCCAGGCACUAUUUCACUGAUGCGUGGAACACGUUUGAUGCCUUAAUUGUAGUUGGUAGCGUCGUUGAUAUUGCUAUCACUGAAGUGAAUCCAACGGAGGCUCCUCAGGUGGAUGAGUCGGGGAACACGGAGGACAACGCUCGCAUCUCCAUCACCUUCUUCCGCCUCUUCCGAGUCAUGCGAUUGGUCAAACUGCUGAGCAGAGGGGAGGGGAUCCGCACCCUCCUGUGGACCUUCAUCAAGUCUUUCCAGGCUCUGCCAUAUGUUGCCCUUCUGAUCGCCAUGCUCUUCUUCAUCUAUGCAGUCAUUGGCAUGCAGGUGUUUGGGAAGAUAGCCAUGGUGGACGGCACCCACAUCAACCGGAACAACAACUUCCAGACCUUCCCUCAGGCCGUGUUGCUGCUCUUCAGGUGUGCCACGGGCGAGGCGUGGCAGGAGAUCAUGUUGUCGUGUAUUUCGGGAAAGCUGUGUGACCCAGAGUCGGACUACAACCCUGGGGAGGAGAUGACCUGUGGCGCCAGCUUCGCCUACAUCUACUUCAUCAGCUUCUACAUGCUCUGUGCCUUCCUGAUUAUCAAUUUGUUUGUGGCGGUCAUCAUGGACAACUUUGACUACCUUACUCGCGAUUGGUCCAUCCUGGGUCCUCACCACUUGGACGAGUUCAAGAGGAUCUGGUCUGAGUACGACCCAGAGGCCAAGGGCAGGAUUAAACAUCUGGACGUGGUCACUCUGCUCCGACGCAUCCAGCCUCCACUGGGCUUCGGCAAACUCUGCCCUCAUAGAGUGGCCUGCAAGAGACUGGUGGCCAUGAACAUGCCUCUAAACAGCGACGGCACCGUCAUGUUCAAUGCGACGCUGUUUGCGUUAGUGCGCACCGCCCUGAAGAUCAAAACAGACGGUAGGAGACAUCCCCCCCCCCACAACAGCACCAGCUGUUUAGUUUGUGUUGAUAGUGAUAGGCCGUGUGUGGUGUUUACCCGUGCUGUAGGUAAUCUGGAGCAGGCCAACGAGGAGCUGAGAGCCGUCAUCAAGAAGAUCUGGAAGCGGACCAGCAUGAAACUGCUUGAUCAAGUGGUGCCCCCUGCUGGUGAUGAUGAGGUAACCGUGGGGAAGUUCUAUGCCACCUUCCUGAUACAGGACUACUUUAGGAAAUUCAAGAAACGUAAAGAGGAGGGCCUGGUGGGGGUGCACGCCUCCCAGAACAACACAGCCAUCGCUCUACAGGCUGGCCUUCGCACGCUACAUGAUAUUGGGCCCGAAAUUCGACGAGCGAUAUCAUGUGACCUGCAAGAUGAGGAGCUAGUAGACUUUAUUCCAGAGGAGGACGAGGAGAUUUAUAGGCGCAAUGGUGGCCUGUUCGGUAACCACAUCAACCAUGUGAACGGGGACCACAACCGGCGCACGUCAGGGCAACAUACCAACGCCACCCAGCGGCCCCUGCAGGUGCAGCCGCCUCCGCACUAUGCCCACAUGGAGCAGCCGGUGGGGCGUCUCUGCCGGGCCAACGUCAUGUCCCACCCGCACCCCAAUCACCACCACCACAACUCCUCGUACGGCAAGUCGCCCAAGUCCACCAACGUCAACCUGAACAACGCCAACGUGUCCAGUCUGCCCAACGGAGGAGGACACCACCACCGUUACUAUGAGUACACUCCGCCCCCCGCCAACGGUUACCCGGGACACCGCGGUGGCCUCUACUACACCGACUUCGACAAGCCGCCACCUCGCGGCACGCCGCAGGGACAAAGGCGCUACUAUGAGACCUAUGUUAGGUCCCACCGGGGAGACGCCCGCCUUCCCACCAUCCGGCGGGAGGAGUUUGAGGAUGACAGGUACUCGGGAGAGUACUACAGCGGGGAGGAGUUCUACGAGGAGGACAGCAUGUUGUCAGGAGACAGGAGGUCCUAUAUGGAACACGUGGACAGGUACCAGAACAGUGACAUGGAGUACGAGACGCCGAGAGGCUACCAUCACCCCAACAGUUAUGACGACGAGCAACCCCUCUACCAAGACGGAAGGAGGUCGCCUAAGAGACGGAUGCUUCCUGCCACGCCCCAAGGUCACAGGAGGCCCUCCUUCAACUUUGAGUGUCUGAGAAGGCAAGGCAGUCAGGACGAGCUGCCACACCAACGCACUGCUCUACCACUGCACCUAAUGCAGCACCAGGUGAUGGCUGUAGCAGGGCUGGACUCCAGCAGAGCCCACCAUCUCUCCCCCUCCCGCUCCACCCGCUCCUGGACCUCUCCCCCCGCCACUCCGGCCAGUAAGGAGCAGUCGCCCUGCUACACGCCCCUCAUCCGGGUGGAUCACCCCGGACGCAGAGCGUCUGAAUCUCCUCUUCUCUUCGGGGAGAGUGGCGUCAGCAGCCAGGUGCCUCUGAGGAAGAGCUCUUGGUACACAGACGACCCAGAGUACUCCCAGGGGAUCUAUUCCCCCGUCCACCUCCAGGUGGCCCCGGAGUACCACCAGCAGCGCCAUCAGAAGAGCGCCACCUCCUUGGUGGAGGCGGUGUUGAUAUCAGAGGGUCUCGGGAGAUACGCCAUGGAUCCAAAGUUUGUGGCCGCCACCAAGCACGAGAUAGCGGACGCGUGCGAGAUGACCAUCGACGAGAUGGAGAGCGCGGCCAGCCACCUGCUGAGCGCUGGCGUGGUGCCGGUGGUUAACGGGGUCAACGUGUACCCCGUCAUGAGCGAGCGGGACUACGACCUUCAAGACGCCACGGCCCGUUAUAGUGACGAGGAGCCGGAGGUGGAGCUUAGAGUGGUGUACGAGGAGGACCUGGCAGGCGAGAUGAUCUGUAUCACCACUUUAUAGCAUCGGCUGGAGAAUAAACGACUAGAAGUGAACUGCUCGCUGUAUGUACUCUACUUAAUAUAGACUACAGCACCGACAGUGGAAAACCCAAUGAGAAAUGCAUCUAUUGACUUACGACCAAAAGAAGUGCCUUUUACAUGGAAGAGAAAGGUACCUAUGAGGAGAGAGAGACACGGGCCCCGUCCACUUAUUCUGUCACUCGCCCUCUGCCAGCCAGGGCAUUCACGUCAACGUCUGUCAAUCACAGGGCCAGGAACCAAUCCUGGUGCCAGGAAACUAUGUUAGUUCCGCCCUCCCAGACCGGCACUACUGGCACAUGGUGGACCAUGCCCGUAGGUCAUAGGUCACGGUCUGGAGGUGACACAGGCUCAUCAAUGAGCCAGUCGCAGACUGAGGGCGUGGAGUGUCAGUGGAGGAGAUGGACCUAUUGGCAGAGGCGUGAGGUACCGGGCCGGGUCGUUAAGGGUGUUGACAAUCAGAUGAAAGAUGUCAUUCCCUCUGUCACUUUAUUAAGGUUUUGGCAUAUCAUGCAAGUUUUCAAUGCAAGCAUAGGAAGGCAUAUCCCCCCCCCCCCCCCUUAGAUGUUUUAGUAUAAGAUUAACCAGUUUAAGUAUGCAGGAGAUAUCAGUCACAUUUAUAGCAUCAUCAAACCAGAAUUAUUCACUGAGUGGUUCAAGCCCUGAAUGCUGAUUGGCUGACAGCCUUGGUAUAUCAGACCAUAUGCCACGGGUAUGACGAAACAUGUAUUUUUGCUGCUCUAAUUACAUUGGUAACCAGUUUAUAAUAGCAAUAAGGCACCUCGGGGUUUGUGGUAAAUGGCCAAUAUACCACGGCUAAGGGCUGUAUGCAGGCGUUGAAUCGUGCAUAAGAACAACCCUUAGCUGUGGUAUAUUGGCCAUAUACCACACCCCCCCCCGUGCCUUAUUGCUUAAAUAUACACUUCUGAGGUGACUACUAGCAGGCAGGUUGUUUUUAGUUUUAGAAUAGCCUGAGAAUUAAUAUUUCAUAGUAGAUACACUGUAAAUGAACUGUAUUAUAUUAAAAAGAAUAAUAAUAAUUGUAAAGAGACGUUCUAUAUUUUGUAAUGAUGUACCAUUUCAAAAGAAGGUCAGCAAUACACGCCGUGAGGAAUCCUAUUAUGCUACCAGGAGAGAAGAGUCGCUGGUGUUAUUGUUUUAUUCGGUACAAUAUUCUGAGAUGAAUUGGCCUUUCUCUUUGUUGUUGCUCAUAUGCAUCGUUGGCUUGUCUGUGAAACCGUGUGGUUCUCGGAGUAGCGACACAGCUGCACGGGAAAUGCAAAUGUUUUUUUUGUUGUUGUUUUUUUUAACUUGUUUUAAGAGCGAGCGUAAGAACACUUUGUGCGUCACCCCAACCACACCAGUACCAGUACCAGUACCACAGCGUUAAGUCCCCCCUUACUAAGAGCAUCUUUGUUGGACUUGAAGUUAGCUAGGCUUCAAGGAGCCUACUCCACCUUUAACGAAGAUGUGAUGAUAAACAUUUGUGUUUGCGUACGUUGUGCAGGUGCACAGCGCAGGAAGCUCAAACGCUUAGUGCGUCGACAACGCUGCUUCAUUCACCCAUUUUGAAAUUCGUUCGACAACUUCAUUCGUUUCACCUAUCCCAACGGACAUGCCUUGUGCCGCUGAAAGAAAGCGAUAUGAUCGAAGAAGUGAGACGAACGGGAAUCUCUGUCGUUCUCAAUGCUUGUAUUGGGAUUUUUCCUCGCGAUAUGAUGCAUGUCAGUAAAUUCCACCGACCCUUUCAAACUGAAUCUUCCUAAUCACUUCCUAAUCACUUGGCCUUCAUGUUGCUGUUGCUGUGUGAGGCUUGUGACAGACUGAGCCUGUGUGAGCCAGGAUAGACCGGAUUGGCAUGGUGGCUGACUGGUGAGGCACGUCAUUCGUCGGGGAUGUUCACAGGACAGAUGAGACCAUAAUGAGGCAUCGUGGUCUAGGUGGGUCCACAGUCUCUGCCAUUGUUCUCUUUUUCUGUUGUGUUGUCGUGUCUUAUUGGGUCUGAUGUGUUUAAGCUGGAGAGAGGGUAAGCAAUACUAAACCCCGCUCUCUCGGCGUCUCUCUCUCCGGCUUCUCUCUGCAUACACUAUACCUCGUGGUGGUCCAGCACGGUCUGGGGAAAACAUAUCAGCCUCCCUCGCAACCAACCAGUCUCUUUCCCACAGCGAGCUUCUCCUUCCAAUGAGAAGGGAGCGUUUGUACCACGGCUCGUUUUUACGAGAGAACUCCACUCUUGUUGCUCUCGACGAAAGUUGAACAUUGAUGCGACCACAAAAUGACUUUACACAAACAGACAAAAUACAGACGACAAAAAGGAUCGAGCUUUUUUCCAGGCGCUGCCCUGGAGAUUUUGAAUAAGCGCAGAUGAUGGGUAGGUGAUGAGACGUGGGAUCUGUAGUUCACGAGUGGUUGAUUUGUAGUUCAUGAGUUCGCAAUGCGUUCUCAGUCAACUGCCGUGAAAAUGUAGGUUUUCCACUUUGUGUGCACAUUGAAAGGGCUCUUUGAAUCGUUUGUGAGUAAAAAAAUAAAAGUGUGUUCUGGUCUUUUUGUUGAUAACUAUCUUGUGAAAGAACCAAUGCGAAUUCCAGGCACAUUGUACUAUUCGUAGCAAUUACUGAUAAACUGAAAAUAUGCAUUGUUUUGUAAACACUUGUGUUAAGCAAAAGAUAAAACCAACUUACUUUUACCUCAUGUCAGGGAUUCCUGAAAAAAGAAAAGAGAACAUGAUUUGGUUCUAUACCAAUGGUAUUUAAAUAUUAGAACAUAGCUGUUUGUCUUUGCACAAGUAACUGUAUAGUACCAAUGUUUCUCAUUUUUCUAUACAAACGUUUGUGUAUUAAGGUGAGACAAUUUUGUACUUUUUUUGUGACUGUGUAUGGUUUAGUGAAAUCUAUAUUUGUCAUUUACACCUCACCUUACAUUGCUGGGACAGAAAUAUGAAAGAAAAAAAUCUAAACAUUUUCAAGGUGCACUGUUCCUCUGUUUGCGGGUUAAAAAUGGUAAUAUACCAGUUUACAGAGAAAGACUUGAUGAUUUAAGCAUUUUGAUUCGUUUUCAUUCUAUUAUUAUAAUUAUUAUGAUUACUCUUACUACUAUUACUGUUAUUAAAUAUGUAUUCAAAUAGAAGAGAUCAUGUUAAGUAUGUACAAAUGUAUGGAGAGACCCAUAGUAAUGUUCUCUACUUGAAAGUCCCAAAACUUUGCUCUGUAAGGUUUUUAUUCAGUAAAACAUGAUUUAUCUUAGUAGCAAAUGCAUUAUUUUGACCCUCUAGGUUUUGUAUUAACACAUUUUUUGUAUUUUCCCAUUUUAUUUUGGCCUUGAAUUCAUUCGAAUCGAUAAUAUUUUAUUUUCUAAUGAUUAUUACUGAAUAAACUUACGCUGAAAUUC